CCACCCAGAAGCUGGAUUCCAACGGGAGUUGCGGGUGGGGGCGGAACCGGCUGCGGUCUGGGGGCGGGGCGCCCGGGCGCGGGGCGGGGCUGGCGGGAAUGUGCGCACCCUCGCCCGUGGCCCCGCCCGAGCAUCCCGCGCCGACGGGGCUGUGCUGGAGCUGCUGUUCAGUGCUGCAGGCGCGCGUCAUGGCUGCUUUGAGACAGCCCCAGGUCGCGGAGCUGCUGGCCGAGGCCCGGCGAGCCUUCCGGGAGGAGUUCGGGGCCGAGCCCGAGCUGGCCGUGUCCGCGCCGGGCCGUGUCAACCUCAUCGGGGAACACACGGACUACAACCAGGGCCUGGUGCUGCCUAUGGCCCUGGAGCUCGUGACGGUGGUGGUGGGCAGCCCCCGCAAGGACGGGCUGGUGUCUCUCCUCACCACCUCUGAGGGUGCCGAUGAGCCCCAGCGGCUGCAGUUUCCACUGCCCACAGCCCAGCGCUCGCUGGAGCCUGGGACCCCUCGGUGGGCCAACUAUGUGAAGGGAGUGAUUCAGUACUACCCAGCUGCCCCCCUCCCUGGCUUCAGUGCAGUGGUGGUCAGCUCAGUGCCCCUGGGGGGUGGCCUGUCCAGCUCAGCAUCCUUGGAAGUGGCCAUGUACACCUUCCUCCAGCAGCUCUGUCCAGACUCGGGCACAGUAGCUGCCCGCGCCCAGGUGUGUCAGCAGGCUGAGCACAGCUUCGCAGGGAUGCCCUGUGGCAUCAUGGACCAGUUCAUCUCACUCAUGGGACAGAAGGGCCACGCGCUGCUCAUUGACUGCAGGUCCUUGGAGACCAGCCUGGUGCCACUUUCAGACCCCAAGCUGGCCGUGCUCAUCACCAACUCCAAUGUCCGCCACUCCCUGGGCUCCAGUGAGUACCCUGUGCGGCGGCGCCAGUGUGAAGAAGUGGCCCAGGCGCUGGGCAAGGAAAGCCUCCGGGAGGUGCAGCUGGAAGAGCUAGAGGCUGCCCGGGAACUGGUGAGCAAAGAGGGCUUCCGGCGGGCCCGGCACGUGGUGGGGGAGAUUCAGCGCACGGCCCAGGCAGCGGCUGCCCUGAGACGCGGUGACUACAGAGCCUUUGGCCGCCUCAUGGUGGAGAGCCACCGCUCACUCAGAGACGACUAUGAGGUGAGCUGCCCGGAGCUGGACCAGCUGGUGGAGGCCGCACUCGCUGUGCCUGGGGUUUAUGGCAGCCGCAUGACGGGCGGUGGCUUCGGUGGCUGCACGGUGACACUGCUGGAGGCCUCUGCUGCUCCCCACGCCAUGCAGCACAUCCAGGAGCACUAUGGCGGGACUGCCACCUUCUACCUCUCUCAAGCGGCCGAUGGAGCCAAGGUGCUGCGCUUGUGAGGAGGCCCCAGGACAGCACACGAGGUACAGGGCCUGCAGGCCAGUCCCAUGGCUCUGUGCUUGGUGCCACAGUAUCUGGUGCUCAAUAAACUUGUGCCUCCAACGUGGUA